AAAAAACCCGGAAACCGGUGAACGAGCAUGGAUCCACAGUAUCCAAUAUUAUCCAGGUUCCUAUUUCCCAAUUCGUUCAUCAGCGAAACGACGUCGUGCUGUCCAUAGCUUCCGUGAGAACACACAAGGGCAGGGCAGGCUAAGAGGAUUUGCUUGGACCCCCCACUACAAACAAUCUUUAAGAGGUUUUGAAGGUUCUUUCGCUUCCGAUAAAGCGCUCUUCUGCAACGCACUCUGACUCUUUGUACCAAAUGUCAAAGCUAUGACAUUGGCAGCGACACCUGAAGGCGAAAGCUUAUAUUCAACAUCCGUUUUCCAGAACUGCAGGGCCAAUAGAGAAAAGGAACAAUUGAGGGUGCCUUUACACACGUGGAUAUAGAUGCAGUUAAGGUGAAAUGCAAGUUGAUUAUCUGUUAAAAGUAGGUUCUACAAUGCGGCCUUCCGUUGCUCUGGAGAUAGGUGUGGACACAACCAGGAACCUCGUGGAAUUAAGCACGGUGAAGGAAAAGAAGACAAAAUGGAGAAAAAGGCUGAAGAAGCCAGAUUUUCUGCAGAAUGGUAGUCUAGCUCACAAGAUGCGAGAGACAGAUGGUCUGACUUCUGCUGAUCAUAAUAAGAAUAUGGUGUCGGCUUUAAGUCUGCAUGAUCGAAGAAGCAGUGAGGCAGUGGUUAUUUCGCCACCAGUUGUAAAACCUAUUAAGAAAGAUGAUAAGCGUGCAAGGAUUUCUCAUACUUCGUUAAGUCUGUACGGUGAGACAAACAGUAAUGAAGUAAUUAUUUCAUCAGGAGUUGUUAAACCUGUUAAGGAAGAGGAUCAAUGUGCAGGGAUUUCUAAUGCCUCACUUGUCAGAAUGCCUUAUAGUCUUUUGAGGAAAAAGCUUCUUAUUCUUGAUGUAAAUGGUCUGCUUGCUGAUAUAGUUUCUCCUCCUCCAAAGGAAUACAAAGCAGAAACAAAAAUUGCCAGACGAGCAAUUUUCAAGAGGCCAUCUUGCCUUGAGUUUCUGGAGUUCUGCUUUGAGCGAUUUGAAGUGGGUGUCUGGUCUUCAAGAUCUAAGAAAAUUAUGACAAGGGUGAUUGAUUAUCUGAUGGGUGAUAUGAAGCACAAGUUGCUGUUUUGUUGGGACCUAUCACAUUGCACUCCAACAGGGUUCAAGACUCUUGACAACAAGCAUAAGACCUUGGUUUUUAAAGAUCUGAGGAAAAUUUGGGAAAAACAGGAUCCUAAUCUUCCAUGGGAGAAGGGAGAGUAUAAUGAAUCAAAUACAUUGUUGCUGGAUGAUUCUCCUUACAAAGCCUUGCUUAAUCCCGCGCACACUGCAGUCUUUCCUUAUCCAUACAAGUUUCAGGAUGGGCGCGACAGUUCAUUAGGUGCUGGAGGUGAUGUCCGGGCCUAUUUGGAAGAAUUGUCGAUGGCUGAUGAUGUACAGAAAUUUGUAGAGCAACACCCAUUUGGCCAGAACCCAAUUACUGAAAGUAAUGAAUCCUGGGGCUUUUACCUCAGGGUCAUUAGUUCAGUUUGUUCCUUGCAAAAUACAACAUAAUCUAUAUCUUCUGUCCCGAGUUUUGUACGUGGAUUUGGUAUCUCAUACAAUUUUCUAGCUCUUUAACAUUGCAUUGAGGAUGGAGCUCACUUUUAUCAAACAAUAUAUAGCAAGAUUCAUCACCAUACCAUACAAGAAGAUCUUGUGAUUUAUCAAAAUGGUGGCGUAUACAGAUACUGUUAUUGAAUACAAGUUAGCCAUCGGAGCAAUUUUUUGAUAUUGACCGUCUGGUGGAUCCACUCCCAUCUUAGGCAAUACCAUAUAUUAUAUUAUCUUUUUGUGAACAGAAGUAGAAUGUAUAGUUUCAAAGUGUCCAAUCUUUACAUACUCAUCUAGUUCCAACUGUAGCUGAUACUAAUCAUGAGGACGGAGACGGUAUUAUAUUUGUGAUGAUGAAUUCCUCUUGUAGUUCUUAAUUGUAGCAUACCAAAUUUGCUCUGAGUCAUACAAUGUAUAUAUCAUUAUACCCUCCCUA